AUGAUGUGUUUGCGCACAGAUGAACUAUCUGAGAGCUCAGCCGGAUACGACUCAAGGACUUCGUCAACGUCAUUCGCGAAACUUGAGCACAUCUUGGACGACAAUGGCAAGGGGACGAGACGAGUGGAAAUGAUGCCAGGAACCGCACAUCCAUUGAAGGCGGGCCAAAUAUCUAAAAUCGAGACUACGAGCAAAAUGAACGUUGGAGAGAUGGGGAAUACCAACACUUGUGUUCUGGAAGACGAGGUGAGACAGAUUCUAAUCCUUCCCACUGGAGAAAACAGAAUCCACGAAACAGCACUUGACGAACUCCAGAGUGUUGUACAGUUUUUCAGCAUCAAAAUGGACGAAUAUAAAGAGUUUCUCCAACACAACUCGGCAGUGGUUUUUGCUGUUAACUACAUUCAAAACCAGUACAUCUCUUCGGAGUUUUGCGUGGAGCUUGCAAAACUUUUCGAAGUGCUGAAUGUGAAAACUGUGGUUGAAUUCCAGAAAUCUGUAGAAGCACUCCAAGCUCCUGAUUCAGAGUCCGAUAUGGCAUCUUUUCAUCAGUGCAUAAAGAGUUGGGAUGACUUCAUCGAUGGGAUCGAAAAAGAGCUAGAUGAAAAAGUUGGUCCGUGCUCCAAGAAUUCUAAUGGAGAGGUACUUCCUGAAUUAGGAAUUGAAAGCAAGACUAUAGCCUACUACGUGAAGGAAACUACUUUUAAAAUGGUACUGGUUGUUGUUGUCAGGUCGUUCAAUUCUCCUGAAGUAAAUCAACGCAUUGUGGCACUGCAUAAUAAAAUGAGUGAAUUCAAUCAGCUUGGAUGUGAUGUUUAUUUAUUGACAAAGGGACCUCCCAUCGGUUCAAGAGGCGGAUCUUACAUCAAACUGAUUGGCGUUCCAUUUCGGAAGCUGUAUGAUGAGAAUGAAGCAUAUUCGGAACUCAAGACUCAUCGAAGAUCAGCUGUAAAACUGGCUGGGUGGAAUGCCCUCCUCCAGAUGGUUGAGGUAUCACUGACGGAUGAAGCAGGACCUUCAACUGAACAAAAAAAGACGUCAGUGGCAAAUGAAGACAAGAUGUCAUUCAUCACAAAUAAGGGAGGCGCUAUUCUGGUUGAUCAAUCUGGCACGGUGCGCUACAAGUAUAUCGAGGAUGAAACGUCGCAUUGGCCAAGUGUCGACGAGAUUCUGACCCAAGUUAAAGGAAUGGAAUCAUCCAAUAUGACGAAGCCAUUCAUAAGCAAUACAGCAAAGGUAGAUUCGGAAACGUCAGCAAAGGAAUCAGACGAGAAGAAAAGAAAAUACUCUAACGAAGGCGAAAACGCCGAAACAUUAGCUGUUAAUGAAUAUCAAUAUCAAUCUUGGCCACAGCUGAAGCAAAUCAAUAAGAAGCUGCGUACUCAACAUGCCAAGAUUCAAGGACAGAAGAACAUGGGCGCAUAUUCAUAUUUUCAUUCUCCACGAUUCUGA